AUGUCUAAUCCAAGACCAAUCACCUUUGACCCACGGGUCUUUGACCCAUCCUCCAUCACGGAAGAAGCCAAGGCUUUUGACGCCAAAGCGAAGGAUGUUGAAUCAAGAAUGCCCAAAAUCCAAAUUGUUGGUGCCAAAGAAAUGCGCCGCAUGCGUCUCGCCGGCGAGACAGCCAGGCCUCCGCCAACUCUUGUCGAGUCGGCCACCGUCUCCAGCAUUCCCUCUCGAGAACCUGGACGGAGCAUCCCAAUCCGCAUCCUGACACCCCAAAACGGAAAACCAAUUCGUGGCGUCUAUAUGCACAUCCACGGGGGCGGCUGGUCGCUAGCAGACGAGUCCUUUGCCGAUCUAUUCCUGCAGGGCCUGGCCGACGGCCACGGCCUGGUAUGCGUCUCCAUCGGCUACAGACUUGCCCCCGAGCACCCCUUCCCAGCUGGGCCCGAGGACUGCUACGACGCCGUAGAGUGGCUCGUCCUCAACUCGGAGGCAACCUACAAGGUUCCUCUUGCUUUCAUCGGUGGAGACUCAGCCGGCGGCCACUUGUCCAUGCUUACCGGGCUUCAUCUCCUCCAGCACUCGGACGAGAGGUUCUCCAGCUACCCCCUCAAGGGGCUGAUGCUGCACUUUGGGGCCUUCUCGCUCAAUUUCAUGCCAUCUGGACUCAACAUGACUCAGAACGAGUCUGGUCUCAACAUUGACUACGACGCCAUGGUCUUUUGCCGCGACCAGUUCCUGCCUGGCUGGACGCAUGAGACGCUCAUCAGGCCGGACGUGAGCCCUCUCUACACUAACCUGGAACCCCUCCGAGGGAAACUCUACCCGGUACUCUUCACCUGCGGUACCAGGGAUGUCUUGAUUGACGAUACAUUGUUCAUGAGUGUAAAGUGGUUAGCAGCUGGAGGUGAGGCCGUUGUAGAAAUCGUGCCUGGUGCGCAACAUGGGUACAUUAUGGCCCCACGGAGCCUCGUGGGAAGUGGCUCUGAGCAGGGUAUGGCUGCAGUUGAUCGUUUCAUUGAGGAUAAACUUCAGUUAUACAAGCUCGUACCUACCUGGGCAUCGUCAAAGAAGUACAGCGAGCAAACAACCUGGCACCAGGCAAUUGGAUCCCACACAACGAUGGACGACUUCCAAAAACGCAUCGACUCGCUCCUGGAGAGCUACCUCGAGUUUCUGGACGAGUACACCCGCCUGCGAGCCCAGCUUUCCAAGCUCCAGGCCGGCGUCUACCAGAACAUUGCCCGAGCCAACUUCUCCGCCGAGCGCGGCCUGCGCUACGGGCAGGACCAGUAUGACGAGCGUAUGCAGGCAUCCAGGCUUCUGAGGAUCUCCGCUGGCGACAACGGCGAGGACGAUAGCGCGCCAAGGUUCCAUGUAGAAAAAUUCAACAGCUCUGCAACUGAAACGCCGCCUGCCACCGAGCCAGAUCGUCCGAGCAGUGGGGAGGAGGAACAAGAGAGCGAUGAUGCUGCUCCUCAAGAUGGGAAAAAUGAACGCGACGAAAAUAGUGUCGAAGAAGAAAAAAAAGAGGAAAAGCCGAUUGGAGAGGAGGAACAAACAACCAGUACGGUCCGCAAGGAUCCUCUGUUCUGGUUUGGUUUGCUUGCUCCGAUGCCACUCCGCAAUGCCCAAAGCCUAGCUAUCGAAGCUAUGGAGCAAAUCAUACCACGACUCGUCACCGUCAACGCUGAAAUGCUCAGGCUGGAAAUUGAGGUAGGGCGGGCUCGUAAAAGGCGAGCAAAGUUUCUACAGAAGAGCAAGGCGGAGCUGGUACCCACUGAGGCAGAAGUGCAGGCCACCACUCCUGCUGUUGAAGCUACAUGA